UUUUGGAGAAGCCCCUGCUGUGUCUGCCCCCAUGUCAAUACCCCAGCGCCAGUGUAUUGACGCGACACCAACUUUCUCCGCAGGGACUGACUGAUCAUGGUCGCCGUGGUCCGCUCUUUCAUGGUACUGCUGAUCGCUCAGGUGUUGCUGGAAGGUGCUACGGGACUCAUCCCCGAGGUCGGCCGGAGGAAAUACAGCGAGUCCGGGAAGCAGACCCCCGAGCGGUCGGAGAGCUUCCUCCACGAGUUCGAGCUCCGGCUUCUCAACAUGUUCGGACUGAGGCGCAGGCCGACCCCGAGCAGGCAAGCCGUGGUGCCGCAGUACAUGGUGGAUCUUUACCGCAUGCACUCAGCGAACGGAGACCACAGCGCCAAACGACCCAAGAGCAUGGGGAGGCACGCAGAGAGGGCUGCGAGCAAGGCCAACACGAUUAGAAGCUUUCACCACGAAGAGUCCAUGGAGGCCCUGGCCCGGCUGAAGGGUAAAACAACCCAGCAGUUCUACUUCAACCUCACUUCGAUCCCCGAGGAGGAGCUCAUCACCUCCGCAGAGCUCCGCGUCUACAGGGACCAGGUCAUGGGAGCCGCGGCCCCCGACAACAGCGCCGGGAACAGCAGCACUAGUGUCAGCGCGCCGGCGGGUGGCUUCCAUCGCAUCAACAUUUAUGAGAUAUUUGGAGUUCCCUCCGCCCAAGGUGGGGAGCCCCUGGCGCGUCUGCUGGACACUCGGCUAGUGCGGGACUCUUUGAGCCGCUGGGAGAGCUUCGACGUCAGCCCCGCCGUGUCUCAGUGGACCGCCGGGAAAGGUCGCAACCAUGGCUUCAUGGUGGAGGUGCAUCACCCAGAGGAGGGGGCGACGGACGGGGAGCACGCCCAGAGACGCAGCAGGCACGUCAGGGUGAGCCGGUCCCUGCACCAGGACCGGGACUCGUGGCCUCAGGCUCGGCCUCUGCUGGUGACGUACGGUCACGACGGCCGCGGGGACUCGGUGCUCCACACGCGGGAAAAGCGCCAGGCGGCGCUCCGCAAACAGCGCAGGAAGCACCAGCACAAGGCCAGCUGCAAGAGGCACGCCCUGUACGUGGACUUCAGCGACGUGGGGUGGAACGAGUGGAUAGUGGCGCCGCCCGGCUACCACGCCUUUUACUGCCAGGGGGAGUGUCCGUUCCCCCUGGCGGAGCAUCUCAAUUCCACCAAUCACGCCAUCGUGCAGACGCUGGUCAACUCGGUCAACUCGAACAUCCCCAGAGCCUGCUGCGUGCCCACUGACCUCAGCCCCAUCUCCCUGCUCUACCUGGACGAGUACGAGAAGGUCAUCCUGAAAAACUACCAGGACAUGGUGGUGGAGGGGUGCGGCUGCCGGUGAGAUACCGACAGUGGAGUGGAGCGAAAGAGACUGACAGAGACAUCAGAGGUUAUGUGGACACCCGGUUUCCCAAUGAAGACGUUUAUUUAUAUGAAAGACAAAACAGAGUUAUUGUGGAAGAAGAAAAAAAAAGCUAUAUAUGAAUAUAUUUAUGUCUACGUAAAGUUGGGAAAAAUAAAUAUUUUAAUCAGA